AUGGUGACUGCAACAUUUGUACAAUCACACCAAUGUGAUGUGAAUGAAGAUAUAUGCACAUGGCACAGGAGGUUAGGGCAUGCUCCUGACAGAGUAUUGAUGAAGAUUCCAGAUAUGAAGUUUCACAUUGACAGUAGUAGAAUAAAAGAAUGCACCAUUCAUCCACUAGCUAGACAAGAAAGAUCAGCAUUUACUAUUAGUAUGAAUAGAUCCAUUGUUCCUCUAGAAAUGAUACAUGCAGAUAUAUGGGUCCUUAUAGAGUCUACACUGUUUGGUUCAUCUGUCAAGUUUUUCAGAAGUGAUAAUGCUACAGAAUUCUUUAAUAUUGAAUGUAAUGCUUUGUUUCAAACCUAUAGAAUUAUCCAUCAAAGUUCAUGUAUACAUACUCCUCAACAAAAUGGCUUGGUUGAGAGAAAACAUAGACAUAUCCUAGAGGUGGCUAGAGCAAUAAGGUUGCAAGGCCAUUUACCACUCAAGUUUUGGGGAGAAUGCAUCCAAACUGCAGUUUAUGUGAUUAACAGAAUGCCAUUAUCUGUCUUGCAUGGCAAAUCAUCCUUUGAGGGAUAUGAAGUUUUGGAAUCUAUAUUUCCUUUUCAGUUGUUGAAGACUAGAAAUUGCAAACUAUUUCCCAAUAGUGUUAUAUCCACUAAUGAAGAAUUAAGUCUCACUGAGAUUUCUAUUCUAGAUGUAGCUGAUGAUCAUGCUGACCCUAGUGAUUCAAUUACCUUAGCUCCUAUGCUUGCAUUUACUGACCAUGACCAUACUGAUAAUGAUCCUGAGGAUACUGCACUAGCUAUUGCAAAUGCACCAGUCCAGAAUGUGGAUGUUAGAAGAUCCACUAGAAUAAGAUCUGCACCACUUUGGAUGCAGGAAUAUAUAUGCCACACCAAACCAACUACUAAUACCUCUGCUUCCUCAAAUGCCUGCAUAUACCCCAUGUCCAGUUAUUUGACCACUUCUAGAUAUUCUGCUCUUUAUCAAGCAUUCUUAACCAAGAUUACUACUCUCCAGGAACCACAAUGCUAUGCAAAAGCAGCUUUGGACUCAAAAGUGGAUUCAGGCCAUGGUCAAGAACUUCAAGCACUGAAGGACAAUGGGACAUGGUCUCUCACGCAGUUACCACUUAGCAAAGUGCCAAUUGGUUGUAAGUGA